AUGAGCGGUGUGGCUGCUGCAUCUGGAGGUUAUUCAGGUUCUGCAUACGGCGGCCGUAGUGGUCCUCCACCUGCUCGUUCUCUCGAGGAUCGUGCCGUUGCCAAGGAACAAAUGAUGCAAUCAGUCCGCGAAUCGUCCCAACAAGACCGCCGAGUCUACGUUGGCAACCUAUCGUACGAUGUCAAGUGGCAUCAUUUGAAAGAUUUCAUGAGACAGGCUGGAGAAGUUCUCUUCGCCGAUGUCUUAUUACUUCCGAAUGGAAUGUCGAAGGGCUGCGGGAUUGUGGAAUACGCAACGAGGGAGCAAGCUCAGCAGGCUGUUGCAACGCUCAGUAACCAGAACCUUAUGGGCAGACUCGUAUACGUCCGUGAAGACCGAGAGGCAGAACCUCGUUUCACCGGCCCGCCCCAACGCGGCGACUUCGGAGGUGGCCGAGGCGGAUUUGGUGGCCCUGGCAGUGGCCCUGGUGGUGGUGGCCGCCAGAUCUAUGUUGCUAACCUUCCAUACAAUGUUGGCUGGCAGGAUCUAAAGGAUCUUUUCCGCCAAGCUAGUAAUUUGAAGAUAUUAACCAUAGUUACAGCACAACAGGUGCCCGUUGUCCGGUUUGGAGGUACGGGGGGGCAGGUUGGUAGAGAGGAUUUGGCGGCGCAAGGCUUCUCUGGACCUGGAAGUGCACACGAUGGUACCGCCGCUGCAUCCAUCCCUGCUAACCCAUUUACCGAUUAUGCCACCUAUGGUGGAGAAAGAGGUGUCUCGAUAUAUGUCCGCAACCUUCCAUGGUCAACCUGUAAUGAAGACCUUGUGGAACUAUUCUCUACCAUCGGAAAAGUUGAGCGCGCCGAAAUUCAGUAUGAGCCCAACGGCCGCUCCCGUGGUACUGGUGUCGUCCAAUUCGACACCGCAGACAAUGCUGAAACUGCAAUUAGCAAGUUCACCGGCUAUCAAUACGGUGGUCGUCCUCUUGGCCUGUCCUUUGUCAAGUAUGUCAAUCCAGGACAGAGCCAAGGCCCGGUCCCAGGUCAAGCAACCACCGACCUCAACGGCUCUGGUGAAGCUGCUCCUAUUACCCAGGACCAGAUCAUGUAA